UUAUAAUUCUUAAGGUUUAAGUUAGUUAUGGGUCGUCGAUGUUUCAAGGGAAAUAGGAGAGCCAUGCAGCAUUUUCCUGAAAAAGUAAAAAGGCUUUGGAACGGAUGGGAAAUUCGGGUGCUGGUUUUACUUAGUCUUUCUCUACAGAUCAUUCUCAUCCUACUUGGUUCGCGGAGAAAAUACACUGCAAGAAGUUGGAUAAGGGUAAUUGUUUGGUCAACAUAUUUAAUGGCAGAUUAUGUUGCAACUGUUGCCUUGGGAAACCUUGCCACCAGGCAAGGAGAUUAUUUUGAAUAUAAUCUUCAAAAAUCAAGCAAGGAACUCCAGGCAUUUUGGGCCCCAUUCCUUCUAUUGCAUCUGGGUGGUCCAGAUACCAUAACAGCUAACUCUUUGGAAGACAAUGAACUAUGGUUAAGGCACUUUCUUGGACUUGUUGUUCAACUUGGAGUGGCAUUUUAUGUCUUCUUCCAGUUUUGGAGCAAUAGUGCUCUCACAUAUUUAGCCAUUCCAAUCUUUAUUGCUGGAAUUAUUAAAUAUGGGGAGAGAACUUUUGUACUAUGGUCUUCGAGUACUGGGCGUUUCAAUGAUACUUGGCGCAGAGAUCGUAAUCCUAUUGCAAAUUUCGCUCAAAUUACAAGGGAGACAUUGGAGAAACAACAACAUGAACCAAACAACGACACAUAUCAACUCCUCCAAGUUGUUUUUCUGUUCAACAUAUUUGCACGUUUAUAUGUUGGCGUAGUUUUUGACUUGCAAACACUUAAGGACAAUAUCCUUCAAGGAAAACCAGCAGGAGAUGUUUUUGAUGUGGUGGCAAUGGAGCUUGGACUCAUGUACGAUUUGCUCUACACCAAGGCAAUAAUUAUUUAUUCCCGAUUAGGAGCUUUUCUUCGUUGCAUUUGCUUGUUUUGCUCUGUUUCUGCUUUGAUUUUCUUCUCAGUGUUCGUGAAUAUUCAUGCUUACUCACCCAUCGAAAUCUCCAUAACUUACGUAUUAUUAAUUGGAGCUGUUGUUCUGGAGGUGUAUCCCAUUAUUCUUCAUUUUUGGUCUGAUUGGACGCAACUAAUUUGCUCGACAAAGCUGAAAAAUUCAAGGCCUAAAUGCUUCAAUGCUUCUGUAUCUCCUCAUUCACUUCACAAGCACAAGAGAUGGUCAGAAUCCAUGGGACAAUUCAACCUUAUAAGCUUUUGCCUCAAAGACAUGUGCACCACAUGUAUUAAAGUUGACAAGUUAUUUCGUAUCAGCAAAUUUCUAGAGAAGUACCAGAACUUGACGUCAGCACAUGUGGAUCUUGAUCUGAAGGAAAUGAUCUUGAAAUAUAUAAUAAAAAAAUCUGAUCAACAGGAUGAAUUGCGUGAACACGAAAAUAAAUCGGAUAUCUUCCAACGUUAUGAAGAAUCUGACAUCCCAUAUCAUGAAAUGGCAAUAGCUGCAAGAGGUCAUGACGUGCUUAAUGGAAGCGAAAGGUUUAAGGAUUUUCUCUGGACUAUACAGAAGGUAGAGUUUGACCACAGCCUUAUCAUUUGGCACAUUGCUACUGAUAUUUGCUACUACAAUGAUUUGCGUAAUUGUCAACUCAAACCCAAAAUUAGCAAAUACUUAUCAGAUUACAUGUUGUAUCUUCUAGUCAGAUGUCCAUCUAUAAUGCCGAAAGGACGAGGUGAGUUGAGGUUCAGAGAAACUUGUGUGACGGCUAAGAGUAUCUUUGAGUCAAAAAGGAAUAUGAUUUGCAGUGACAAUCAUGGCAAUCGAAAAAUUAAGAAAGCUUGUGAGGUUUUGCUUCAAGAAGAUGUCCUUCAUACAAAUGAAGUAAAUGCUGAUCUGCCACGACCAGCAUUGGCAGACGGAUGUAAGCUCGGCAAGGCAUUACAGGAGCUGGAAUAUGAAGAAAAGUGGGAUGUAAUAAGUCAAGUGUGGGUGGAAAUGUUGACAUAUGCUGCAGCAAGGUGUAAAUGGAAAGAGCAUGGACAACAACUUACAAAAGGUGGAGAGCUACUCACUCAUGUUUGCCUUCUUUUGACACAUUUUGGUAUAGGUGCACAAUUUCGCGCUUAUGGGAAGCCUUAUCCAUAGUCUUUUUUUUUUUUUUA